AUGCAUGACAUCAUGGGAAGUUCCCCCGAGGUUCUCUCAUGGACUUCCUGCCCCAGUAUGCUGGUGGGCAAGCUAAAGGAGGAGCUCAAACUCACUGUAGUCGGGGACUCCAUGAAGAAAUCAAACACGGCAAACUCUCAAACGCAGCAUCCUCCGGCCCCUCCCCCUCAGAUAAUCACAGACCUGGCUCCGCCUACGCACCUGCCCGUUCCCCUGCAGCUUCUGCAGCCGCCCGGCCAGGAUGAGGAGACUGCGCUCGGGGGUUUGAGUCCCCAGAACACGGCCUUGAGUAUAGAUUCUACGCGAAGUGAGGGGGGCCACUUUGACAACAGUGUCCUUCAACUGCAGGAGAACGAGGAGCCGGUCUCACCGGCCUCCUGUGAGCACGGAGGAUGCGGGAAUGGAAUGAACGAGCAGACAGGAGACAAGGACUGUCAUAUGGACCGCAGUGUAGAGGGGAGACAAGAUCACCCGCAUAACCCAGACGAUAUCAAACUACACUUCCAAAGAGCAGGGCCUGGAUCAGGCGGAUUUCUGGAAGGACUGUUCGGCUGUCUCCGGCCGGUCUGGAACAUCAUAGGAAAGACGUACUCCACAGAAUACAAGCUACAACAACAAGACAUGUGGGAGGUUCCGUUUGAGGAAAUCUCCGAGUUGCAGUGGCUGGGUAGCGGUGCUCAGGGAGCCGUCUUCCUGGGGAAGUUCCGUUCUGAGGAGGUGGCGAUAAAAAAGGUGCGCGAGCAGAAGGAGACGGACAUCAAGCACCUGCGAAAACUCAAACAUCCCAACAUCAUCAGCUUCAAGGGGGUGUGCACUCAGGCACCUUGUUACUGCAUCAUCAUGGAGUACUGCGCUCAAGGGCAGCUUUAUGAAGUGCUCAGGGCUGGACGGAAAGUUACCCCUAGGUUAUUGGUGGACUGGGCCUCAGGCAUCGCCAGUGGCAUGAACUACCUGCACCUUCACAAGAUCAUCCACAGGGAUCUUAAAUCUCCCAAUGUUUUGGUUACCCACAACGAUUCUGUGAAGAUAUCUGACUUUGGCACAUCAAAAGAGCUCAGUGACAAAAGUACAAAGAUGUCAUUCGCGGGUACGGUCGCUUGGAUGGCCCCGGAAGUUAUUCGAAAUGAGCCCGUGUCGGAAAAAGUGGACAUCUGGUCAUUUGGAGUUGUCUUAUGGGAAUUGCUGACUGGAGAAAUCCCCUACAAAGAUGUCGACUCUUCUGCUAUCAUCUGGGGUGUCGGCAGUAACAGUCUUCACCUCCCUGUGCCAUCCACCUGCCCAGAUGGCUUCAAAAUCCUCAUGAAACAAACAUGGCAAGGCAAGCCUAGAAACAGACCGUCGUUCCGUCAGAUCCUCCUACACCUCGACAUUGCCUCGGCUGAUGUUCUGGGAGCUCCUCAAGAGACCUAUUUCAAGUCUCAGGCUGAAUGGCGCGAGGAAGUAAAGAAACACUUUGAGAAGAUCAAAAGUGAAGGCACGUGCAUUCACAGGCUGGAUGAAGAGCUGAUUAAACGAAGACGGGAUGAACUCAGGCAUGCGCUGGACAUCCGGGAACAUUACGAGAGGAAGCUGGAGAGAGCCAACAACCUCUACAUGGAGCUCAGUGCCAUCAUGCUGCAGCUGGAGGUUCGAGAGAAGGACCUCAUGAAAAGAGAGCAAGCUGUGGAGAAGAAGUACCCUGGCACCUACAAGCGCCACCUGGUCAGACCCAUCGUACGGUCCAAUGCUGUCGAAAAGCUGAUCAAGAAGAAAGGAAGCAUUUCUCACAAACCUGGAAUGCCCACAGCUAAAAGGCCAGACUUGCUUCGUUCCGACGGUAUCUCCAGCGCGGACCCUCUCCCCUCUCCCUCACCAUUGUCCGCCAGCCCAAAGGUGUCUACACCUCCUGGCAAAGCCCGCUACCGAAGCAAGCCCCGGCAUCGGCGCGCCAACAGUAAAGGAAGCCAUAGCGAGUUCCUCGGGGUGCUGAAAUCUACUGGAGUGCCCGAUGACACCCGGUCUCUCCAGGAGCAACCUCACCACCUUCCCCUUCCUACUCCCGGACCCCAACUUCCAUUGAAGGGCCGCGAAGAGGCCGUCGUAAACUGUGCCAACAAUCUGCGUUAUUUUGGCCCCGCCGCCGCCCUGCGUAGCCCUCAGACUGAUCACCUCCAAAGACGUGUUUCCGGAUCCAGUCCCGACCUCAUCUCUACAGCGAUGGAUGCAGACACACGUAAGCGGACUUCAUCCACGAGCUCCAAUCCCCUGCCGGGCACCGGUCCCGGUUGUCCCUGCUGCCAGACUCACCCCUUCCCUGGAUGCCUUCAUUGUCAGGAGAUCACUCCUGCAUCUAGCCAACCAGAGUUGCCCAACUUUUCACUGCACAGUACUCAAGAGGGCAGCCAGUCAACUUUGAAGGCUCCCAACAAAGAGCCUGGUUCUAAUGUUGUAGUCUUGAAGAAACCAGAGCCUCAGGAACAAGAGACUUUCCAGAACAAACACGCCCUCCCGAAUGCACUUCCCCACACACUCAGACCUCUGAGGAAGGGUGGAGAGGAGUCCUCUGAAGAGGAAGAAGGAGAGGUAGACAGUGAAGUGGAGUUUCCAAGGAGACAGAGACCUCAUAGAUGUAUGAGUAGCUUCCAGUCGUACUCCACGUUCAGCUCGGAGAACCUGUCCGUGUCUGACGGAGAGGAGGGGAACACCAGUGAUCACUCCCACAGCGGGCCACUGGAAAGGCUGAGCGCCAGUCAGGAAGAGCAUCUGGACGAGCUGCUGUCACACACGCCGGACAUCCCCAUCGAUAUCUCUACCCAAUCGGACGGUUUGUCAGACAAAGAGUGUGCUGUCCGCAGGGUCAAGACCCAAAUCUCCUUGGGAAAACUGUGCUCUGAUGAACAUAGCUACGAGAAUCCUCUCCAGUUUGGGGACUCAGACUGCGACUCAUCCGAAGCCGAGUGCUCAGAUGCCACAAUCCGAAACAACAAAGCGGCCCCUUCUUCGUGGUGA